GUGCACGGAAAUAGAUGCGGCGAGCUGGCAGACUUUUGGGGCGGCGGGCCUCGCCGCGCCGCUGGCCGAGCUUCGCUGGCCAAGCCUUCGCCUUCGCCCUCAAGAGUCUGGCGCUUGCUCCUGCCUCUGCACCCUCACGACCCUCUCACGACUUGCCGCGUCAGCACCACCACCGCUGGCGCCAUGUUCUCCCGCCUCUCCUGCUUCUCCUCGCCCUCGACUGCCGACAAGGCAGCCGCGAGGGCACCCGCGACACCCAAGCAGCGGCACCCCGCCGCCGCUCCACCAUCCUCCUCCGUGCGCACCAAGCCGGCGCCGUCGCAGCAUACGCGCGGCCACGAGUCGUACACCACGCCUCCGCCGCGCAGCAGCGCCAGCGUCACGCCGGCACGCCACUCGCCUAGCCGCAGCUCGCAUACAUCGACUCGUCGUGACACGCCGCCGAGGGCUCAGCGGCCCGUCAAUGCGCGCAGCGAGCGCCGUCGCUCGGCGCCGAUCAUCACGGCGCCCAUCACCUCCGUGCUCCCGAUGACGCCGCCCAUGCUCCGCGCCACUACGACCGAGUCGCGCCAGCACGUCGACGCUGCGGCGCUGGCGGCGCAUAUGACGCUCGACGAGCACGGACAGUGGCAGCAUCGCAGUCUCUACUGCGGAUCCGGCUCUCGUCCGCUCAGUCUCGCCAUCGACUCCGACGCCGUCGUCUGCCCUUCACGCGCGCCCUCGAGCCAAGGACACUACCCGAGCUCUCCCGCUUCGGCUACUUCGCACACGCACACUCGCAUCGAAGAUCUCGCGCCUGCCUUCACAGCACACGUCUCACGCAGCAACAGCUUCGUCGCUCCUCCUUCGCCGCGUGUGCUCAAGAGCGCACUGCUGGACUGCAGCAAUGAGGCAGAGAGGCAGGCGCAGCCACUCAGUCGCGAGGCCUUGUCAAGCAGCGGCGACUCGAGCGCCUCAAGCGAGCACAGCGUCAACUCCAGCGCUACGCACAGUCUGGCUAGCUCGUCGAACACGCUCCCGACGCCCGACUCGCCAAGCUCCAACGACGGCGAUGCCGUGGCCUCGAGCGAGACUUCACACUGCGAGCCAUGCGUCGACCCUGCGUCUGCACGCACACUGGCUCCGAUCGACACUCAAUCCAGCGUCUUGCCCCACCAGGCAGGCUCUACUCGGCGUCCACGUUCGAGGAGCGAGCAAGCUGUGCGUUUCGCUCUCGAUCCUUCGCCAGUCGACCGGCCGCUCCUGCAAGUGCAAGUCUACCCGCGCUCGCCUCUUCCUCCUCCAUCCUUCCAUCAGCAGCACGUCAUGGCCCACCGCGGCGGCCGACAGCAUCCCUGGACGCUUCCCGCACCUCCACCGGCGCUGAUGGGCUCUACUUGGGGCGCCGGUGCCUAUGCGCCUCCAGCUCCCGAGCGCAAGACUACUCCCGCCCGCAUCCUCUCCUCUCUGCGCCCCAGCUCAGCGCACGGACACCACAGCAGCUCGCGCGAACACUCACCCACAGGCGGUCGUAGUCUCAGCGCCGGUCCCGCCGCCUCCGUCUCUCGCGCCCGCGCUGCUCGGCCUACCAGCUGGACUGCCUCGGCACAAGAUGCAGAGGCACUUGCAGCCGCACUCGCCGCGCAGAAGAAGCAGCGGCGACACUCGGCGUACGGCAGUGAGCAACUUCGACCUCCUCCUUCGCCUGCGCCGGGGCACGGGCAUGGUCGCCGCGCCGUCUCUGCCUCGACUCUACCCACCAUCUAUACCCCGCAUCACCGCGCCGCCUCGGCAGACCAACGUCCGCGCUCGAGACACUCCAACGAGCCGCGCUGGUGUGAAUCGCCCACUCUCACGCCGCCUCGAAGCGUCACAACCCCCUCGCCAAGCUUCGACACGCCCAACUUCUCCCGGCCCGCAGCCUACCCUGCGCCCGAGCCGUGGCUCCACACUCCUUCGCAACAGCAGCACACCCGUACGCCAUCUCAGCAGCGCCACACUCCUUCGCCUCCUCGCUCGGGCUCGGCACAUCGUAGUUACCCGCCUUCUGCAAGCCGCUCGAAGCGUCUGCAGGUGCAUCACGUCCUUGCAGAGCCGACGCUCGCACCUCGUCGGCCUUCAAUGACGCACGACGCCAUCGUCCCUCGUUCUCUCUCCGCCGCUCUCGCGCCCGCACAGCCUCAGGCAUAUGUGCCGCCGGUGCACGCGCCGCAACGUCGGCUCAGCAAGGGCACGACGCUGCCUGAAGUCGUCGAGCAUCCUCUGACCCCUCUCGGCGCCUCAGCAUCAUCUCGCGCCGCAGUCGUUCCCCUGUCUCUAGCUACACGUCCCUCGCUCCACUCCCUCGCCCUUGCAUCUCACGGCCACGCCCGCAGAUCGCUUGCGUCUAGCGCCUAAUGACCCCGACCUCCGCCUCGUCUCACAUCACAGCCCGAUCCACGUCUCUCAAAUCUCAUGUAGCUCUUACCAUUUUACCCCCUCCUCACGCCCGUCACGUCUCUCCCUCUCAACGGCGAUUCCAAAAUCAAGUUGCAAGCUUGAAACUGCUGCGAGCCGGACUGAUCGAUUGGGUCGAGAUGCGGAGACGGGGAGGCGUGAGGGCGUCUAGCGUGUGAUGGAGAGGCGGUAGCGCCGCGAGAGGCGAAGCGACUGAAAAGCAGGCCGGGCAAGUCUACUUGUUGUGCCAAAUGAGUGUGCGCAGGCUGAAGAGCGAGAGAGGAGGGGCGAGGGGAGGUGUCAGCAUGCAGAACUGUGAUCGCAGGCUCGGCAUCCAGUCUAGAGCGAAGAGCACGUACUUCUGCCACUUCUCCGCGUUGACGUAAAGAUCUGCGCAUCGCUUGAUAUCAGCCAAUAUCU